UUAUAGAAUGAAUCGUCCAAUCCAUUCGACCCUAGAGCUUUGUGAGGUGAAUCUAAAAGAUUGUGUGUACGACCUCAUCCUUUAUGUACCUUGUCUCCAAUCCAGCCCUAAACUUAUCUAGCAAAACUCACUUCUUUAUAACACUUAGUGUAUCUAAUGUAUACUAGUCCCAUUGUGUUGCGAACAACUACUCAAAAUGUUCUUGACCUUCCUUCGAGAAGCCUUGUCAUGAAAGAAUGUUGCAUUUCUAUCCCCUUCCUUCAACCAGUCAAUUCUAGUUCUCUAUCUCUCCACAUCGCCUUCUUCCUUGCAUACUUUUUUUCUCUUAUACCUUCCAUCACGUUCGCCGAGCUCUUUGUCUCCAAGAGGAAGAUUAACUCUGGUUUUUGCCACCUGAUGAAGAGAUUCAGCUCGGCCAGUUACCUAGAGAGCACAACAUCAGCAUCGUGGAGCCACAUAGGUGAAAGCUUGCUACAUGUGAUGAAAACGCCUAGCAUUGUUCAUUAUGUCGGUGAAGAUCACCCUGGAAAUAAUGCCUCCCUCAGUUAUUGAUAUGGUGGCCAAAGUUGCAUUAGGAAUUCUAAGGAAUCACCAUGAUAAUCCACAUUAGUGAAUUUAGUAUAUUCAUUGACGUUGUAUACAAGGAAAUUCACUGACGUAGUUUAUACAAGGGAAUAUAUUGAUGUUGGAGUUCACAUCAAAGUUUUUACAUUAAAUGCCUUUAAUUAUACGUCGAUAAAUAAACCUUCACCAAUGUGGGAAGCAUCGUUGUAUAAAAUAUUUUGUACAGC